UGCAGAAGGAGUGAGUAACGAUGGCCGUCUCCAAACGAGCACCGUCGUCUCCAUUCGUCGGUGGAGGUUCGGGACAAGGAACAAGUUAAAAAAAAAGUUCCUGACAUCGAUCGAGCAGAGGCAGGGGAGGGGAAAAUUGUGUAACUUAUGAUCAUGGGGGUGUGGAAGCUCUUUUUCCUUUUUUAAGGAGAAGCCAGGCGAGAAAGCGUGGCAGAGUCCUUUGAAAUCGGGGAAGGGAACGCGCGCGGGGAUUCUGCUCCCCACAAUGACUUAUGUGUUAUAAUAUUUAAUGAAAUGAGGAUUGAGGAGGGGGAGCGCUAGCCGAGUAACUAACGGGCCGCGAUGGACUCGGGUUAUUUGCUGGAGAGCCACCUUGUCCAAAACGCAGCGAGCAGGAUGGAGUCCUUGGACGGCGCUCAAAGCAGGAAAAACUUCAGCGUGAACCAUCUCCUGGACCUGGAGGAGGUGUCGGCGAUGAAGAGCAUGGCGGGUCCCGUGGAGGGGCUGAAGGAGGCUGGAAAGCAGGGGCUUCAGGAGCAGUCCGGGGUGAGCAGCGGCAGCGAGGCAGCGCCGCAGGACACUGACAGUCUGAGCUCUGGGACUGGCCAGGCCAAGAAGAAAAAAAAGCAGAGACGCAGCAGAACCACCUUCAACAGCAGCCAGCUGCAAGCUUUGGAGCGGGUCUUUGAGCGAACGCACUACCCCGAUGCCUUUGUGCGUGAGGAUCUGGCCCGUCGAGUCAAUCUGAGUGAGGCCCGGGUGCAGGUGUGGUUCCAAAACAGACGAGCUAAAUUCCGCAGAAAUGAAAGGGCCAUUCUGGCCAGCCGUUCCAGCAGUCUGCUCAAGCCCUACAGCCAGGAUGCAAUCAUCGAGCAGCCCAUAGCACCCCGACCAGCCCCCGUCAGUGCAGACUACAUGUCCUGGUCUUCAUCCACAUCCUACAGCACAGUUCCCACCUGUGGCUCCUCAAAGACGCCUGUGGUCAGGCAAGGAGUCGAUAUGGCGAACAGCAUUGCCAGCCUGAGACUGAAGGCCAAAGAGUAUAGUCUGCACCAGAGCCAGGUUCCCACCGCGAACUGAGCCCUCUCUUUCUAAGUUGCUCACACCCAAGAUGACUGGUCUGGUCAAAGCCCAACAUGAAACUGAGCAUCUUGCACAGAUGUACUUCUUGAGCCAGAAUGAAUGAUGUUCCUACUCACUCCAUCUGUCAGUAAAGCACGCUUUUUGGUGGUGCUUUUUAAAGCAUGAGUGCAGCAGAGUGCUUCUUCUUUGGAAGGAUUUCAAGAGGACAGUUCUUCAUGAAAUUGGGGAAGACUUUUUUCAGACCUUUAAUUCCUUUUUCAUUUAUAUGGAAACUACUGUCAAUUAGGUACCCUGUCUGCAAUUUUUACCUUGGCUCCACUUCAAGAGGUCUUCUGCACUCCUAAAAGUAUAAAGUACACACUUUUCAGUUACUGUUAUGUUAGGUUCUUUGAGUUGGCACACACUUCAAAUGACAUGAACCCAAUGGCGAUAAGUGUAGAAAAGCUUUUGGGCCCAGUACUCAUGCGUUACAAUUGAAAGCAGGUUUGGUCAUGACAGAAACAAAGGAAAUAUUGUCUACUCUGCAGCUUAAAAGGAGUGUGAUUGAUUUCAUACUUCUGGAGUCAUUUCCAGAAUACUCUUAAAGUUUCCCCUUUGGGUCAGCAAAAAGCAGUCUGAUUGACCUGUCUGUAAAUCUGCAUAAAAAUCAAUGCUUUCAUCCAACUCCAAUACUAGUCUUUUUCUCUUCUAGCUAUGAAUAAGUACAGCAAAAACAUCUGCAGUCAAUUGAAUAUUCCUUAUGGUUAAGCAUCUUUGUCACUGCGGUUGCUUUGGUUUGACCACCUCAUUGCGUCAAGUUGAUUUUUUUCCUUUUACAACCUUGUUGGCACCUCCGAUUAAUUUCAGCUUAAAAAUGCAAUAUGAAUUGUUGUGUUUGUUGUGACGGUAGGAAGUUUUCUCACUGAAGAAAGGAGGUUGUCUGGAAAUACCAAAAAGAGUACAAGACAGUGGUACAGUGGGAACAUGGGGGUAGGCUGGGUAAUUGUUCCAACACCCACUGCCUACACUUCCAACUGCUUCUGGUAAAUUCAUCUUUUCCAGGUUAACGUUGCUAGCAUAGAGUCUCCGGUUUCCACAAAAAAUGUGGUUUAAUGCCUGGGGAGUUGGGGGGCAACCUUGAAGGUCACAUUUCUCCUUUCUACUUUUUGAGUUGACAUCUGACACGCCACAUUCACCCAGCCCCUGAUCAUGGUGCCCCAAACUCCACACUGAUUAGCGUAAGCACAGUGGCACAAGCCACUAGAACGUGGAGGUGUUUCACACCCCAGACAAAGAACAACAGACUCAGAAAGGUUUGUGUCUCUAUCUGCCUACAUGCCAACAUCUGAGAACUGGUUUCUCUGUUGGUGAAAUAUGGAAAUGAGCAAAGCUGAUAGUGAUUGUAAUUGAUUUGAACUUGAAAAGUGCUAAAAUACUGUCGUGACUCCAGCGUAUCUGUCUUGGAAUGUCAUUCACAAUUCAUGAGAAUCAUGAGAAAGGUUUGUUAAAAAAUUAAUACAAAAAUUAAUAAAAUGAAAAACUGAGUUUACUGACACUUCUGCUAUCACCCCAGCAACCAUCAAGCUAGUGUAGCGUUUGUUCUAUUACAAUUCUCCUUCUCAAAUGCUUAUUGCCAAAAUGGUUUCAAUUUCUCAAUUUCUCCAGUCUUCACCAGGAAUCUAAAACUGUGAGAGAGCACUGGGGGUGCUGGCAGCAGAGCUUUUUGUACAAAUUACUCUGAUCUACCCUGGCUGUGGUAAAACAAUGGCAGAACAUCAUGUUUUUGUGACGAGUGGAAAACACCUCUCCAUGGCAACUAAAUUCAUGAGUGUCCAGGGACACAGUCUCACACUAUGCUAGCUGACACAUUUCACUAGCUGACACAUUUCACCGGUGACAGAUACACCACAUAUUUCCCAUUACAUAACCAUAAGCAGGCUGUGCACUGCUCAGCUUCAGACUUCCCAAUCUAACUUACAAAUGUCAAACAAAGGACUUGCCAUACCCCCUUACUGGAAAUGCUUUAGACAGUCCAGUCUUUUCUUUGAGAGUGUGUAUGUUUAAUCCAUUGUAUAUUUUUGUGACUAUUUCUGUGUCUGUUGUUUGUGUAAAACUGUAAUUGACAGGGAGGAGACAAAAAUAUAAUAAAGAAUCAAUUUAUGAAUAUCAAGUAUGUAAUAAAAACCAACUCUCUUUCAGUCUUCCUUGGAAAGCUGCAUAUAUCCUGAAUUUUGUGGAACUGGAUGCUAGACUGUUCAUAUAAAGCAUCUCACCUUAUCCUGGUGUUCGUGAAACCACUACUGAGUAUAUGUAUGGGGGUGCUUUGUCUGGAAAUAUGGGGAAAAAAGUUUAGGCCGAAGGUAUAUCUGGUCAGAAGAAAGAAAUUCAGGUUUGAUGGCUUACAAGAUCCACUUAAACUAAUUUCCCUGCCUUCACUGGGAACAAGGGAGAACUUCUCAUGUAGAUGCUAGCUGAACAAUGGCACGUUGAUGUGUCUCCUAAUUAUUUCCCUCCCAGGCUUGUCUGACUAACCCCUCGUUUGAAUCCAACCAAGUGGUGAUCAGUUCACAGCUCUGCUCCUGUCUUCAUCUGAGUGUUCAGAACAUACAACCUCAGAUCUGAUGAAAUGACCACAAAGUCAAUCACUGACUUUUGGACCAAGUGCUCUAAUAGUAGGUAGACCUAUGAGCAACCUUGUGUUUCAACAUGGUGUAAUGGACAGCUUCUGACUGGCACAGAAGUCUAAUAAAAAUUGCCUAUAUGAGUUUAGAUGUGACAAUCCAUUCUUUCCAGUCACAAGGCUCAAGGUAGCGCCAUCAUUCCUAACAUGAGUAUGCUGAA